AUGACUGCUGCAAACUUUGAACACUAUCCCAAGAAUGUCGGUAUUCUUGCCUUGGAAAUGUACUUCCCUCAUCGUUGCGUCGAGCAAUCCGAGAUGGAAACUUUUGAUGGUGUGAGCAGUGGCAAGUACACAAUCGGCCUCGGUCAAGAAAAGAUGGCCUUCAUUGAUGAUCGUGAAGAUAUCCAAUCCAUUUGCUUGACUGCUGUGCAGACCUUGAUGGAAAAGUACAACAUUGCCUAUACCGAUAUUGGCCGUUUGGAAGUGGGAACUGAGACCAUCAUUGACAAGUCCAAGUCUGUCAAAUCCACUUUGAUGACCCUCUUUGGUGAACAUGGCAACACUGAAAUUGAAGGUAUCGAUACUACCAACGCUUGCUAUGGUGGUUUCAAUGCUUUCUCCAAUGCCGUCAACUGGAUCGAAUCCUCAUCCUGGGAUGGUCGUAAGGCUAUUGUCAUUGCUGGUGAUCUUGCUCUCUAUGCCUCUGGUGCUGCUCGUCCCACCUCUGGUGCUGGUGUCGUUGCCAUGUUGGUUGGUCCUAAUGCUCCCAUUGUUGUUGAACGUGGCUUGCGAAGCACCCAUAUGGAACAUGCCUAUGACUUUUACAAGCCUGAUAUGCAUUCCGAGUACCCCGUUGUAGAUGGCAAAUUCUCCAACAUUUGCUAUCUCCGUGCCUUUGAUACUUGCUACAAGCGUUACAUGGCCCGUCUUGGCAAGCAAUUGAACAAGGAGAAGCCUAGCAUGGAUGAUAUCGAUUAUGUCGUGUGCCACUCGCCUUAUGCCAAGUUGGUCAACAAGUCUUUUGCCCGUGCUUCGUACAAUGAUUUCCUUUUGGAUCGUGACAAUGAAAAGUAUGCCCCUAUUCAAGCAUUCGGUGAUCUUGAAUAUGGCCAAUCUUUGGAGAACCGUGAUUUGGAAAAGGCUUGCGUUGCAUUCACCAAGGCUGGUUAUGCUCAAAAGGUCGGACCUUGUGCUUUUGUUCCCAAACAAAUCGGUAACAUGUACACUGCCGCCGUAUGGGCUGGUCUUGCAUCACUCAUUUCCGAGGUCGAUUCCGAGACCCUUCAGGGCAAGCGUGUCCUCUUGUACUCUUAUGGCUCUGGUUUGGCCGCUUCCAUGAUCUCCUUCCGCAUCGUCGAUAACACCACCUCCAUCAAACAAACCCUCAACUUGCGUGAACGUCUUGCUGCUCGUGUCCACUCUAAGCCUGAAGAUUUCGCAGAGGCUAUGAAGAUCCGUGAAAACACUCACAAUGCUUGUGAUUAUUCCCCUGUCGGCAGCCUCGAUAACAUUGCCUCGGGUGUCUACUACAUUGAAAAGAUCGAUGACAAGUGGAGACGCUUCUACAAGCGUAAGGAUUAA